AUUGUAACCACGGUUUUGAAUCGUCAUGUUGUGAUCAGCAAUGAAUCAAAUAUAUUUUCAAGUUUUAUACAGCUCAUUCAUGUAGGCCUAUACACUUCCCUGUGUUCACUGUGUGUCAUCUAUUGUUUUCUUUGUCUAGAGGAAAUCCAAGAUCUCAGCUUCAAGGAAGCUGAUGCUCAAGAGUCUGAUGGUGGCAAAAGCUAAGGAGGAGCUGGAGCAGGAGGUCAUGGUCAAGGAGGAUGAAAAGGACAAGUACCUGUCAGAGAGAGCUCCUCCACUUCAAACGAGUGGCAUGACCAUCGGCCAGCUACAGGACUUGUGCCGAGAGCUUCACUCCAAGAUAGAUGAGGUGGAUGAAGAGCGCUACGACAUUGAGGCCAAAGUCAUGCUCAACACUCGGGAGAUCAAGGACCUGAACAUCAAAGUGCUGGACCUGAGGGGCAAGUUCAAGAGGCCCAGCCUGAGGCGUGUCCGGGUGUCGGCCGACGCCAUCCUGCGCUCCCUGCUGGGCUCCAAGCACAAGGUGUCCAUGGACCUCAGGGCCAACCUCAAGUCUGUGAAGAAGGAGGACACUGAGAAGAAGAGGCCGGUGGAGGACAGUGACUGGAGGAAGAACGUGGAGGCCAUGUCAGGGAUGGAGGGCAGGAAGAAAAUGUUUGAUGCUGCCAGUGGCCCCGCCCAGUGAGGGACCAGCCAAUCAGAAGGGAAGGAUGUUGGUUUUAUACAACACAUGGCUGACUGGAAGAGUGACUGACGAAUAGAACUCAGCAGAUCUAUGACCCUCUUUUUGAAUUUUCCAAACCUAUUUGUUUUAUUUAGUGCUAUUUACAGGAGAAGUGAACACUGAACUAAGAUAAAUUCCAACCAGAGGGUAGUCAUAUAUAUGUGAGCGAUGUCAGUCUAAUAUUAGCAGUCAUUGUUUGAAAUAUGAGAAUUCCUUUUUUCUGUUCUUGUUUUUGUUAUUUAAGAAAGAUCCAACUUGCUUUACUGUAAUGAUCAAGUUUGUAGUUGCACAUUGUAAUGGAAAUGUGUGAGUUUCAAUAUGUGCAUCUCCACUGAUGCCAAAAUAAAAAAAGGUCA